AUGGCGCAAAACGUAUCGUUUUGUUUGUUCAGUUCUGUUACCCUAAGUGAGGCACUUGUCAGGUUUGUUCCUGAACUUGUGGUGGCUGCAAUUGAUGGCAAGUACUGCAUGAUAUCCAUUGCAAUUGUUAUAAUUGUUGCUGAAGAGAGUUAA